UCUGCGCGGGGCUCCCCCUGGCGGCCGCCGCGGCCCUUCCCACAAUGCCCGUUCAGGCUGCGGGGUCCCGGCCGCCGCGGCUCCAAGAUGGCGCAGGCGAUAUUCGAGGCCCUGGAAGGAAUGGAUAAUCAGACAGUGCUGGCUGUUCAGUCCUUGCUGGAUGGUCAAGGAGCAGUUACAGAUCCAUCUGCUCAAAAUGUCAAUGCAUCCAACACCAUCCAGUCCAUGGAUGAUGAGGAUGUGUUCUUGUGUGGAAAGUGUAAGAAGCAGUUCAACUCACUGCCAGCAUUCAUGACUCACAAGAGGGAGCAGUGCCAAGGAAAUACUCCUUCAUUGGCUACGGUCUCUUUGGCCACCAACAGUGUGUACACGCCAUCUAUCACAUCGGUGCAGCCAGCUCAGAGCGCCAAUCGACAGCAAAUUUCCACAUAUAUCACAGUUCCCCCAUCUCCUCUGAUCCAAACACUAGUGCAAGGAAAUAUCUUAGUCAGUGAUGAAGUACUGAUGUCAGCCAUGUCUGCUUUUACAUCCCUGGACCAACCAAUGCCCACAGUGCAGCCCUCUGUACAGAGCAGUUUGAGUAUGCACACUGGAGCUGGAUAUCUUUCCCAGCCUCCCCCGCCUCCUCCACCCCCGCCUCCUCCCCCACCGCAGCCACCUCCGCCUACCCCUCAGACCCUGGGAGCACCAGGACAGCCAAGCACUGGUGGCAGUGGGGUGGUAGAGGUCUACAGCACGUCUGCCUCUAUGGCAGGAAAUGGCACAGUGGAGAUACAGACUCUGGGAAUGCAACCCUAUCCACCCAUAGAGGUUCCAAGCCAGUGUGUGGAAAGUGCAGUGUAUCCAUCUCCGCCAGUGUACAGCCCUGGGAAGCAGGGAUUCAAAUGCAAAAGCACCAACACUGCUGCUCCUUUGACCAAUGCAGGUGGGGGAAAUGUGGCGAGUUUUGAUUCCACCUCAACUUCCAAAAGUAGGCGUUCCAAAAAUGAGAGCGGGCUGCAGGAAGGGAAACCUAAAUCCCCCAAACUGAAAUGCACUUACUGUGACAAGGCCUUCACCAAGAACUUUGACUUGCAGCAGCACAUCAGGAGUCAUACAGGUGAGAAGCCUUUCCAGUGUAUUGUGUGUGGUCGAGCCUUUGCCCAAAAAUCUAAUGUGAAGAAGCACAUGCAAACCCAUAAGGUGUGGCCUCCAGGACUUGGAUGCACCAUCUCCCGCAACUCUAUCACAGUGCAGGUCAUGGCACUGAAUCCCAACCAGCAGGAGGAUGAAGAGAAUACAGGUUUAAGCCAGGCAUCCAGGAACCCUCCGCAGCAUCCUCAGGCCAUGGCCUCUGUAGAAGAGAGCGAGGCUGGCAAAUUGGAGGCCAAACAGGUUGUUUUGAUUGACAGCUCUUAUCAGUGCCAGUUCUGUCCCGGUAAAUUCAACACCUACUUCCAGCUCAAAUCACAUAUGACACAGCACAAGAAUGAGCAGGUGUACAAAUGCGUGGUGAAAAGCUGCGCUCAGACAUUCCAGAAGCUGGAGUCCUUUCUAGAGCACAUCAAGAGCCACCAGGAGGAGCUAAGUUAUCGCUGCCAUUUGUGCAGCAAGGACUUCCCCUCCCUCUAUGAACUGGGUGUCCACCAGUACUCACACAGCCUGCUGCCCCAGCACAGCCCCAAGAAGGACAUGGCCGUAUACAAAUGUGUCAAGUGUGUAAAUAAAUACUCCACCCCAGAAGCCCUGGAGCACCAUCUGCAGACAGCAACGCACAACUUUCCCUGUCCUCACUGCCAGAAGGUGUUCCCUUGUGAGCGGUACCUACGACGGCACCUCCCCACGCAUGGAGGGGGUGGCAAAUUCAAGUGCCAGAUCUGUAAGAAAUUUUUCCGCCGGGAGCACUACCUCAAGCUACAUGCCCACAUUCACUCGGGUGAAAAGCCCUUCAAGUGCUCAGUAUGUGAAGCAGCCUUCAAUCGGAAAGAUAAACUGAAACGACACAUGCUUAUCCAUGAGCCUUUCAAGAAGUAUAAAUGUCCCUUCUCAAGUCACACGGGAUGUAAUAAAGAGUUCAACAGGCCAGACAAGCUGAAAGCUCAUAUACUCUCCCAUUCAGGGAUGAAGAUUCACAAGUGCCAGUACUGUAACAAGUCCUUCAGCCGACGGGCUCACAUGGUGGAACAUCAGCGCUCACACACUGGCAACUACAAGUACCGCUGCCCCACCUGCAGCAAGGGCUUCACACGCCAGAAGUACAUGAAGGACCACAAGUGCCGUCUGAGCUCGCCCAAGGACAAAGAGCUGCAGCUCAGGAAGCCCCAAAAGAAGCGGGCAGCUCGUGGGCGGAAAAUGGGCCUUCCUUUUCCCAACCAGCUAGCCCUGGCAGAGCUGAAGGACAAUGGACAGGCAGAGAGCCCCCAGGAGGGUGGCCCCAACAAAGAUCAGUUUCAGGAGUCAGAUGCAGUCCUGUCCAUUGUGGUUGGUGGGUCAGCAGCUGCAGAUUCAGACCUGGUUGUCCCUGGGCAGCCCAGCAGCAUCGCAUCCAAUCUUGCCCUGGCAGAGCUGCAGACUGGCAUGGAGGGUCCGUGCACCAUGCUGGCUGUCCCUGUUUACAUUCAGACUACUGAGUGAUAACACUGUGCCCUCUGUGUGCUUAGUGUGGAAUUAGGUGAGGUUCCUGCUUUCUUCACUCAGGAAAUCCUGCUGGAGAAGACAGGUGCAUGGGGCUGAAGUUUCCAUGUCAGUGAUAUGGGAACCAGAACUCUUAGGGAUGGGAGUGGGUAGCAGAGUGAAUGGCCUUCAUCACCACCUACUCUUCCCUUAUGCAGGCAAAUAAUUCCUUGGGUGGCAUCAAUAGCUACCAGGCACAUAGGAGAAUAGGUACAUUUUCUUGGCUAUGUUCAGCACUUGUCGGUGCAGGGUAAGAAUAACCAGGAAUCUUGAAAGGCGGUGGGAAGAACAACAGAGGCCAUUGCAAUGAACUCUAAAUGCUUCCAUGGGCAGAGGAAUUUGCAAAUCAUAGGCUGUCCUUUUCAUGGUUUUAUUUUAAAAGCUGUAUUGCCCAGUACUAAGGUGUCCUUUUCAGGUGCAAAAAAUGAUCCUUCCUACUGGAAUCAAGUUCAUACCUUUGGGACCAUUGGUCAGAAACAUUCAGAGUAGAUUUCUCUCAUCUAUCUAUAUCAGCAGAAAUCCCACAUUGUCUGUACUAUGUAUAAACAAAUGGGGCCUGAUGCGCAUUGCUCCCCCUGAUGUCAGGGAGUGAGGAGCCAGCUGUGCAUUGUGUCCUGGGUUUUGUGUCUGAACUGCAUGUAUGUGUAUGUUCUUGUCUUCUGUUUGAAGUUCUUCCAUGGCAAGUUUUUAUCCAAGGACCUCAAAGUGCCUUUGACACAAAUGAAUUCCUCUUCACAGCAGCUAAAUAUCCCCACCGAGCAGCUGGGGAAGCAGGCACCCAAAUGGCAUGUGAACUGUCACAGGAAGUCUGCAAUAGAGCCAGGAGCUGAAUCCACAUUUCCUAGCAUUGAAUCCACUAGCCUAAGCACAGCACUAUACACCUUAAUACUUUCCAUGCAUAAUAGCUGUAAUAAUAGGUUGACCAAAAUCCUAAAUCAGCUCCAAGCCAUUGGCCACUGGUUGGAAGUUCAGUCUGUCACUAACAAACUGUCUACCAAUGUAUACAUUAGGUAAGAGAGUCCUCUUAGGGGCUGAUGUCUCUACCUUCAAUCCAGCCUGAGUUCUUUGGCUGCCCAAGCAGCAGAUCUCCUGAUCUAUUGCUAGAGGAGUGAUCCUAAUUUGGCAAAGGUAUUGUUCUUUAUGCCUUAUCCCUUCCACAAUACAAGUUGACAUGGAUGAUCCUAGAAAUCUUGGUGUUCAUGCUAUGCCCUAUAAGUGAGGAUGAAAUGUUGGAAGAUCCCCUGAUCUAGUUGACUGUGACCCUGUUUGUAUCCAGCACCCAUCAUAAUGAAGAUACCUAAGCAAGAAACUCCCAGACCUGAGUAAUCUAAACUGGGAUUAGAAAAAGAAGAAGAAUGUGGUGGAGGAGAUAAUCCUGCCUUGGCCCUUGGGCCUGGGCAAGGUGGGAGGCAAGAGGUUUUUUCCAGUUCUCUGAUACAAAUUUCCCUUCCUUGUGAUCAGGAUCCUGCCUGUGGCAGGUAAUAAAACAUUGUUGUUUGCUAUA